CGGGGAGGGCUCAGCCGGGGCCGGCCGGGCAGCGCCCGGUGCAGCGCGGUGGCAGGUCGCAGCAGGCUGCGUGGACGGGGUCCGCGGCAGGAUCCCUGCAUCCCCACUUCUGCCCAGCUGUCACUGCACUCCAGCCAGGUUCAGAUGGACUUGGUCGGGUGGCCCCAGCGCCCGCUCCUUCCUUAGCUGGGGAGAGAUCGAUGCCCCAGAACCCUGACGACACGAACCCGGCCCAGCCCCGCCGCCGCCCCCGCCGCCGCCGCGCAGGCCACAAGAGCCCCGAGGCCGCGGCAGCCGCAGCCAUGUACACCUUCCUGCCCGACAACUUCUCGCCCGCCAAGCCCAAGCCGGCCAAAGAGCUGAGGCCGCUGCUGGGCUCCGCGGCGCUGGGGCUGCUGCUGGUGCUGGCCGCCGUCGUGGCCUGGUGCUACUACAGCGCCUCCCUUCGCAAAGCCGAGCGCCUGCGCGCCGAGCUGCUGGACCUCAACCGCGGCGGCUUCUCCAUCCGCAACCAGCAGGGCGAGCAGGUCUUCCGCCUGGCCUUCCGCUCGGGCGCGCUGGACCUGGACUCCUGCAGCCGCGACGGCGCCAUGCUGGGCUGCUCGCGCGCGGCCGACGGGCGCCCGCUGCACUUCUUCAUCCAGACGGUGCGGCCCAAGGACACGGUGAUGUGCUACCGCGUGCGCUGGGAGGAGACGGCGGCCGGCCGCGCCGUGGAGCACGCCAUGUUCCUGGGCGACGCCGCGGCGCACUGGUACGGCGGCGCCGAGAUGCGCACGCAGCACUGGCCCAUCCGCCUGGACGGCCAGCAGGAGCCGCAGCCGUUCGUCACCAGCGACGUGUACUCCUCCGACGCCGCCUUCGGGGGCAUCCUGGAGCGCUACUGGCUGUCGUCGCGCGCGGCCGCCAUCAAGGUCAACGACUCCGUGCCCUUCCACCUGGGCUGGAACGGCACGGAGCGCUCCCUGCGGCUGCAGGCGCGCUACCACGCCACGCCCUACAAGCCGCCCGCCGGCCGCGCCGCGGCGCCCGAGCUCAGCUACCGCGUGUGCGUGGGCUCGGACGUCACCUCCAUCCACAAGUACAUGGUGCGGCGCUACUUCAACAAGCCGUCCAGGGUGCCCGCGCCCGAGGCCUUCCGGCACCCCAUCUGGUCCACGUGGGCGCUGUACGGGCGCGCGGUGGACCAGGCCAAGGUGCUGCGCUUCGCCCAGCAGAUCCGCCAGCACGGCUUCAACAGCAGCCACCUGGAGAUCGACGACAUGUACACGCCCGCCUACGGCGACUUCGACUUCGACCCGGCCAAGUUCCCGAACGCCAGCCACAUGUUCGAGCGCCUGCGCGAGGCGGGCUUCGCCGUCACGCUGUGGGUGCACCCGUUCGUCAACUACAACUCCUCGCGCUUCGGCGAGGGCGUGGAGCGCGAGCUGUUCGUGCGCGAGCCCACCGGCCGGCUGCCCGCGCUCGUGCGCUGGUGGAACGGCAUCGGCGCCGUGCUGGACUUCACGCGGCCGGCCGCGCGCGACUGGUUCCUCAGCCAGCUGCAGCGGCUGCGCGCGCGCUACGGCGUGGCCUCCUUCAAGUUCGACGCGGGCGAGGUCAGCUACCUGCCGCGCGACUUCAGCACCUUCCGGCCGCUGCCCGACCCCAGCGUCUGGAGCCGGCGCUACACCGAGAUGGCGCUGCCCUUCUUCGCGCGCGCCGAGGUGCGCGUGGGCUACCAGUCGCAGAACAUCUCCUGCUUCUUCCGCCUGGUGGACCGCGACUCGGUGUGGGGCUACGACCUGGGGCUGCGCUCGCUCAUCCCCGCCGUGCUCACCGUCAGCAUGCUGGGCUACGCCUUCAUCCUGCCCGACAUGGUGGGCGGCAACGCGGUGCCCGAGCGCACGGCCGGCGGCCCCGACGGCCCGGAGCGCGAGCUGUACGUGCGCUGGCUGGAGGUGGCGGCCUUCAUGCCGGCCAUGCAGUUCUCCAUCCCGCCCUGGCAGUACGGCGCCGAGGUGGUGGCCAUCGCGCACAAGUUCGCCGCGCUGCGCGCCUCGCUGGUGGCGCCGCUGCUGCUGGAGCUCGCGGGCGAGAUCACGGACACCGGCGACCCCAUCGUGCGCCCGCUGUGGUGGAUCGCGCCCGGCGACGAGACGGCGCACCGCGUGGACUCGCAGUUCCUCAUCGGCGACACGCUGCUCGUGGCGCCCGUGCUGGAGCCGGGCAAGCAGGAGCGCGACGUCUACCUGCCCGCCGGCAAGUGGCGCAGCUACAAGGGCGAGCUCUUCGACAAGACGCCCGUGCUGCUCACGGACUACCCGGUCGACCUGGACGAGGUGGCCUACUUCACCUGGGUGUCCUGACCCCGCGGCGGCCGGCCGGCCCGCAGCCCGAGCCCCGGACCUGAGCUCCUCUCCGCACCUCCGAGCUCGGGUGCCGACGCGGGCGCUGGA